CGGAAGUUUCUGCGAGGGCGUGCACGAUGUGGACGGGGUUUGUUUUGUGGAAGUACAUGUAACUUUACCCAAGGGACCCACCAGAAUGCCGGGGUUUGAGUUGGAGCAAGUGGAUGGAGGCCAACCCAUUGACCUGCCUUACGGAGAGACUGUCAUUGGAAGAGGACCAUUCCUUGGAGUGAGUGAUAAAAGAGUGUCCAGAAACCAUGGUGUUUUGGAGAACGUGGACGGCCAGCUGCGCCUCAAACCUACACACCUGAACCCCUGUUUCAUUCAGACGUCUUUGGGAGCACCUUCUGAGCCUCUAGAGAAGGACCAGUGGCACUGCCUAAAGGAGGGGUCCAUUUUCUCCCUCCUACCUGGGAAAUACAUCUUCAGGGUGCGGGUCAUAACGGAGGACAGCACACUCAGCAACAGCCAGAGUUUUGAAGAGGAGACACAGACGGAAACAGAGGAGAAGUCUAACCCUUCCUGCGUGAGUCAAGAGACACUAGAGUACAAUCCCCAGGCCAAGAGCAGUACGUCUCACACGACUGAGUCAACACGAACAGCCCAAGAGGAGGAGAAGGAUGAAGACACACACAAACCUGACCCUACCUCCUGCAGUCAGGAUGCUGAUGUUACCAGCCCCGCUAAAGCAGUUGAAUCUGCCCCUCUGACCCCUCAGAGAAAGAGAGUUUUGCCUGCCUGGAUGACAGCCGCCACUCCUGCAGCCCAGAGCCCAUCGACAGUGAAAGCAGCUACUAAGCGAGCUCCAGCACAAGCUUCUGCCUCAAAGGCACCUGCAGCCCAGUCUAAACGAGCCACAGGGCCCAAACGGGCAAGAACCAAAAAGAUUUCAUCAGGAGAUGAGGAGGAUGAAGAAGAUGACGAAGAGCCCAGUGAUGUGGAACAGAAGCCCAGAAAGAGACUGAAGAAGUUGAACAGUGACACAGAGGAGAGCCAGGAUCAAGCUCCUGCACCAAAACCAAGCCAAGAAAGGUCACUCGAGGACAGACUCAGCGAAGACUCUGAAGAAGAGAGGAAAGGGAGAGGAAGGAAGAGAGCAGAGGCUGCUCCGAGGUCCAGGGCUGGAGGUUCAACCGCAGAGGCAGGAGACUCUGGAAACUCAGAGGUCAAAAAGCUGCCCUCGCAGAACGGAAAGCAGAGCGCAAAGACCAGUUCUUCGGAAAUCAGCUCCAGCAGCAGCAAGCCCAGAGUUCAGCGCCGGACACCUUGUCCCUAUGGCGCCUCCUGUUACAGGAAAAAUCCAGUCCAUUUCCAAGAGUGUAGUCACCCAGGAGAUGAUGACUUUGAGGAAGAGCAAAGUAACGGCAAUGAGGAUGACGAUGAUGAUCGGCCUGAGUGCCCUUAUGGGACUGACUGCUAUAGAAAGAAUCCUCUACACAAAAAAGAGUACAAACACACACAACCCCCAGCAAAGAAGUCUGCGCCAGAUGAUGAAGAUGAUGAUGAUGAAGACCGCUAUGAGAACAGCUUCAUUAAUGAUGAGAGUGAGGAAGAGGAAGUGGAUGAAGACUCUGACUACGUGCCCGAGUCAGAUGACAGUGGGAAAGAGGACAUUAAACGGCUGCAGAAGGAGGCCAAAGCUUUUCUGAAGAGGAAGAAGUAACUAAAACCCAGCACAGGACAAGCAGCAGGGGUUCCUAACUGGAGAUCCACCAUUUGGCAGAGUUUAGAUCCUGCCUAUAAUAUUAAAUGUUUGGCCAAAAAUCAUAUUUACACAGAACUUUUCCUUACCCCAAAAGCAGUCAAUCAGCCAAGACCUGACUGGUGUCUGGAGUUUGAUUCUUUAGUUUUGCACUGGAGCUACAAGGCCAGUAAAGCCAACAAGCAGUGAAACCUUUUAUCCACCUUUAACUGUUAGCAUUGUGUACUGCAUGCUGAAACUGUAUGUGCUUCCUGACAUUGUAUGACAUACGGUUAUCUAAAAAAUGGACUGAAAUACAGACAACAUUCAGAGUUCAAGAUGGCUGCUACUACUAUUUUUAGCUAUGCAACUUACACACCUAAUUAACAUGUAGAAAAUGUUCGUAGGUUACAUUGAUACAGCCAGCCUGUGGACCUGGUGCUAACACUGCUCACAUGGGUUGCCUCAUUAGGAAAAAAUUAAAGGGAAUGUAUACAGAUGCUAUAUGAUAUACUUUUGUCCAUUUUUAUAGAUGUCAGUAUGUCAUAAAGUGUCAGAAACAACAUAAGCAAGUCUGUUUGAGAUUACUUAGCAACACUGGCUGUGUUUACAUGCAAAGAUUUUUGCCAAUCCGACUGAAUACAUGCGAAUUGUAGAUUAAGACUGGGGUGUUUAUAUCUCACUCUACUCAACAAUCUGAUGGCAAGUCUCCGUUUACAUGCAUACUACAAGUAAUCUUAUCCAAAAUUAUGCACAUGCGUAGAGAACCACCAAAGUGUAGGCGCUACCCUGACAACGAGCAUCACGUGAGUCCAGUCAGAGUGAGACGAGCAGCAGUGAGCAGUGCUUGUGUUUUUAAUUGUGUCAGUUGUCUUUAAAAUGAUGUCAGACUCAGGAAAACGUCCUUCACAUGUCCUUAUUAAAGAAGGCCGAGAGGAAGACGUCGUGUUCUGAGACACAUAAACUGGACGCCCGUCCCACCGCCGUCUUUUAAACGUCUCCUCUGCUGACCAGUUUCUGCUCCCGCCAUGUUGAACGUUAUAAACUUCCGCUAUGAUGCGACGCACAUGUGCAGAACGUACUUAAAAUGCCCGAUUGGGAAUGUAAUCGGAUACAGGCGUUAACAUGGUUAUUGUUCUUCUAUUUAACUGAUUAUUUACAGGAUUACCCACCUCGUUCAAUUGGAUAGAAAUUGGAUUCCGAAAGGACUCAAUCAGACUAGCCUAUUCCAAAUGAGGUGUGUACAUGGAUGUGUUCUGUCCCAAUUGAGCUGUUAGUCGGAUUGGUAACGGAUUAUUAGGCUGUAUGUAAAGGUGGCUACUGUUUGGGGCAAGUGAGUGAUGAUUUAGGCUAGCAGUUUGCAUGAUGCUAACAUGUGGCUGAAAGUUUCGUUGUUUGUCAGCGUUUUAUCUCCAGUGCAAAACUAAAGUAGAAAAUUUACACACCAAAAUUGUCUUGGCUGAUCAGUUGCAUUUUUAAAUUUGUAUUUGAGUAAAUUAAAUUUUUUGGCCAAUGCUUUGCUUUAAAAUGUCACUGAUGAUGUCUGAAGACUGAUUCAUUAGCUGGGUUGGGCAAGUCGGGUUUCCCUCCACAGUAUAGUACAGCACAGUACAGUCCACAUUGGGCUAUAAACAGAACACCUCUCAGGGUAAGAGUGCUGUAAGAACCUUUUCUGCUCUUCUAAUUGUGUGGAAAAACUGAGCCUAGUUGAGAACUCUUAAGUAGUUUGAUGUAUGAUCAUCUGGAAGCCUUUAGCUUCUUCACUACAAACAUGAAUUGAAUGUACCAGGCAAAGAGAGAGCAGAUUUCCAGAAACAAAAGUGAAGGAAGACUGUGUUUAAGGGAUUUAUAUGCUCAGAACUGUAAGUAAUACACUUUAUUCUUUCAAACUUGAAAAUUGAAAAAUGAAGGCUGGAAAAAGUGGUGACCCUGAUCAGAUGUGGUGACCGGUGCACUGCUGCAGUCUUCACAAAAAACACUUUCCUAAAGCUUUUUUAAAACCACUGUCGAGGCUCACUGUUGAUCCUUUUUUCCGCUCUGAUUAGAACACGUCUGGCUGCUGAACUGAAUCAGACUUCUGAAAGAUUUCUUCUGGCAGAUCAGUGUGCUUAUUGUGAGUUUUGGUUUUUAAUGUUGAAGUCAGGCCCGUUUUGGAGGCAUUACUCAAUUUUGAGGCUUGUAAGGAUCUGUAAGUGGUUUCAGAGCCAACAUGUGAAUGUGUGCCUAUUUUUCUGUUAUUUAGAUGCACUUACAGCUGUUUCCUUUUUAAUUAUUGUUUUUUAACCCAAUAUUUUUACAUUGUCUCUGUGUUCUUAUACUAAGCCUUAAACCUGUUUUUGGUUAUUUUAGUAAUAUUAAAACCCUGUUUACUGUCUGUCUGUGGUUCAUAUUAUGUAAGGGGUCGAUAAGUAAGAUUUUAUUAAAUAGUAAUUGAAA